UCUGCUGAAUAAUUCAUGAAGAGUGGAAGGGAUGAAUCUUCCUGGAAUGAUAUACAGUGUACGUACUGUGGCACAGGAGAAACUGCAAAGCUUUGUAUCAGUUGCUGCCGUUACUGCUGCUGAUUGCAAGGUGCUGCUGCUGCUUUUGGUGUCUUCACAAUUACAGAAUCCUCAGUCAUGCUCUGAUCUGCUAACAGCUACCUGCUCCCUAUGGACCCACCUUGGUUAGCUACAAUUUGUGGGAUCACUUGCUACCUACCUGCCUUGGACACUGCUGUUCUCUGGAUCGUAACUGCAAAUACCUUUUUCUGGACCUUGCAGCUUGUAUGACUGAAGCCUGCCUUAAGAGUCUCUCAGCCACACAUCCUCCGAUGUGCUUGGUGGGGGACUCCUGCAGCAGGAUCUUCUGACCCAAGUAAGGAUGGGAUUUACAGGGAGCAGUCAAAACUGAGCUGCAUUCAGCGAGAUGCCCAACGCCUCUUCCUGGAGUGCUAGCUCGCCUCUGCUGCUGCUCUGGGAGGACUCCUCUGGGACCCGCAUCUUCUUAUCACUGCUCUAUGCAGUCUUAGCUAUCUCAGGGACUUUAUCCAAUGUGAUGGUCAUUUAUUUAGUCUUCUCCUUCAAGAAGCUGCAGACAACCAGCAAUGCCUUCAUCGUGAACGGCUGUGCGGCAGACCUAAGUGUGUGUGCCCUGUGGAUGCCCCAGGAGGCUGUGCUGGGGCUGUUGCCUCCCAACUCCUCCUCCCUUCGCUCAGCAGAGUACCGGCUGCUCCGAGGGGGACUCCUCGGCCUCGGCCUCACCGUCUCCCUGGCUUCUCACCUUCUGGUGGCCUUCAACAGGUACGUGCUCAUCACCAAGCUGCCCAGCGUGUACCAGGCCCUCUACCAGCGGAGGCACACGGGCUGCAUGAUCGGGCUCUCCUGGGCCCUCGCCCUGCUGCUGGUCCCGCUGCUGCCCGGGCUCUGGACCCCGGGCUCUGCCCAGCAGCCGCCCCUGCGGCAGACGGACAGCAGCUCUCGCUACACCGCCCUGCUUCUCGCCCUGGCCGUGCUGGGCCAGACUGCUCUGCUGCUCCACUGCUACCUCGGCAUCGUGCGGCGGGUGCGGGGCAGCGCCAAGCGAGUCAGCGUCCUCAACUUCCACCUCCUCCAUCAGCUGCCCUUCCCCGCCGCCCCGCCACCGCCGCGCCGCGCCCAGCGGCGCCUCAGCAGCGUCUCCGUCCUCCUGCUCUGCUGUGUCUUCCUCCUGGGCACCCAGCCCUUAGUGUGGGUGAGCCUCCUGGGAUUUUUCCUGCGACCGGCGCCGCCGGCGCUGCAGGCCGCCAGCUGGCUGCUGCUUUGCUCCCUUUCGGCCCUCAACCCUCUGCUCUACACGUGGCGCAGCGAGGAAUUCCGCCGGGCGGCCCGCUCCGUCCUGCCCCGCGCCGAAGGCCCCGCCGCCGCCCCGCGCCCCGCCACUGCCGCCGGCCCCGCCGCCGCCCCACCGUGCCCGCAGCUGCCGCGGCGCCGAAGCACAGCGGGCAGCGCCAGCGCCGCCGCCGCGCCGCGCUGA